AUGGUCCAACCCAACACCAUCGUUUUCGCCCUCGCGGCCCUUACACCGACUGUCCUUGCUCAAACAUGCGCCAACAUCGAUCCAGCCCAGGCGCCAACCUUUGCUCCGGGCUAUUCUGGCCGCGUCGUAAUCAACGGCCUGCAAACACCACGGGGCAUCGUCUUCGACAAUCAAGGCAAUCUACUCACCACCGAACGAGGUGGCUACGGCGUACGGUAUAUCCGGCUCACUGACAACGGCGGUACGGAUGUGUGCGUCGAGUCCAGUAAACAACUGAUUAACGAUACGACUAUCAACCAUGGCAUUGCGCUGAGUCCAGAUGGCAAGAAGCUGUUUGUGAGCAGUCAGUUGUAUGUUUGGGGCUGGGACUAUGAUGGUGCUACGGGCACGGUAAGUAAUAAGAAGACGCUAGUGCAAGGCAUGCAGCAGGGGGGGUUUCAUUUGACGAGGACCUUGGUGGUGCCGAAACAGAGGCCGGAUUUGUUGCUUGUACAGCGAGGCAGUCAGGAGAACUUCGACACCGCAGCCGCGCAAUUGGAGACCGCCAGAAGUCAGAUCAGGGUAUUCAAGAUUGCAGAUAUCGAGACUGCGACAGUGGAAUACAACACGGGCGAAGUAUUGGCUUGGGGGAUUAGAAAUACGGUGGCUUUCGGGGAGGAUCCUCAGGGUGGGAUGUGGACUGUUGAUAACGGGAUUGACGAUCUGACUCGCAAUGGAAAAGACAUACACAACACCAACCCCUGCGAAGAGCUCAACUACCACGGCCUUGUCAACAGCAACUUCACCGUCCAGCCCACAUCGCAAACGAAUCAUGGAUACCCAGAGUGUCACACUGUCUGGGACCCAACCAUACUCCCAGAACCGCUGAAUACACAGUUGAAGGUCGGCAGUGUCUUCGCCUAUGGCAAUGCCACAACGGCGGACGACAGUAACUGUGCCUCCCGCCAACCGCCGAAAUUGUGUUUUCCAAGCCACACUGCACCGCUGGACAUUAAAUUCACCAGCAACGGUACAGCAGCCUAUAUCGCAUUCCACGGCUCAUGGAACAAAGUGUCGCCCGAUGGUUUCCGCAUCUCGCGUGUUUCUUUCAAUCCUGAGACCGGACAGCCUGUGGAGCCUGUAACGAGCACGACCGCCGCGCAGAACAUCAUGUACAAUGCCGACAACUCAAAAUGUCCAAAUGGCUGCUUUAGGCCGGUGGGGUUGGCGUGGGAUACGAAGGGUAGGCUGUUUAUGGCGAGUGACAAUACGAAUGAGAUUUGGGUCAUUGGCGGUGCGACUUGAACUAAUCAGGGACAAAGCGGUAAAUGGAAUGCAGGUGGUAUUGGUGAUGGCCGUGGGAAUGCGUGAAUGGAAUGGAACUGUUACACAUGUCCUAGC